CCCUGCCAAUCUGCCAUUUCCUUUUGAAUGUCUUCCAUAGCCAAGCCAUUGGAACAGCCGGUCAACCAAGAGUAGAUCUGACCAUCUACGCGAGCCAAAACCCCCCACUUGAAGAGUGGGUUCUACACCUCUCAACUCUCAAGAGACAACAGUCGUUGUAAACGAGGUGGCUCUUGAACACUCGCAAACUCUCUCUCUUCUUCGCUCUCCGCGUAAUUUCGUCGAACGCAAACAGUGCAAGACAGAGAGACAAGGGGAGGGAGGGAGAUUGAACCGAAUCCCCGAUCGAAUUAUUCAAAUAAGAUCUUACAAGGAUGCAGCAAGCCAACGGUGGUGAUCAAAACCCACCACCUCCUUCCCAGCACCAGCAUCCGUGGGUUCCAUAUCAGCAGCAGCAAUGGAUGGGGGCUAUGACGUACCCGGCGUCGGCCAUGGCUAUGAUGCAGCAACAGAUGAUGAUGUACCCGCAGCAUUACAUGGCCUACUAUCAGCAGCAGCAACAACAGCAAUAUCAGCAAAAACAGCAACAGCAAAGCUUUCAAAAACAACAACUACCGAAAUCUAACGAAGAUGUUAGAACUAUCUGGGUCGGUGACCUUCAGCACUGGAUGGAUGAGACUUACCUCCAUAACUGCUUUGCACACACCGGAGAGAUUUCUUCUGUAAAAGUCAUACGCAAUAAGCAAGCUGGUCAACCAGAAGGGUAUGGAUUUGUUGAAUUUUAUUCUCGGGCAACUGCUGAGAAAAUUUUGCAGAGCUAUAAUGGCUCUGUGAUGAUGCCGAAUACGGAGCAUCCAUUCCGUCUGAAUUGGGCAAGUUUUAGUGUGGGCGAUAAGCGCACAGAUGCUGCUCCUGAUCUUUCCAUAUUUGUGGGAGAUUUGGCUCCAGAUGUUACUGAUGCUAUGUUGCAGGAAACCUUUGCUAGCAAAUACUCAUCCAUCACAGGUGCAAAAGUUGUUGUUGAUUCAAAUACUAGUCGUUCAAAGGGUUAUGGCUUUGUUAGAUUUGGCGAUGAAAAUGAGAAGUGUAGGGCCAUGACUGAGAUGAAUGGUGUUUAUUGUUCAAGUAGGCCCAUGCGCGUAGGUGUUGCAACCCCGAAAAAAUCAUCUGGAUAUCAACAACAAUAUUCUUCACAAGCUGUUAUAUUGGCUGGUGGACGUUCCGCAAAUGGUUCUAUGGGUCAAGGAUCCCAAUCUGAUGGCGAGUUGAAUAACACAACGAUAUUUGUGGGGGGAGUUGACUCUAAUGUUGUGGAAGAGGAUCUUAGACAGCCUUUCUCGCAGUUUGGUGAAGUUGUCUCUGUGAAAAUACCGGUUGGAAAGGGAUGUGGGUUUGUACAAUUUGCUACCAGAAAAAGUGCUGAGGAUGCACUGCAGAGUUUGAAUGGUACAAUUGUUGGCAAGCAGACAGUCCGUCUUUCUUGGGGUCGCAAUCAAGGUAACAAGCAGUGGAGAGUAGAUUCUAGUAACCAGUGGAGCGGGGCAUACCAUGGAGGGCAAGGCUACGGUGGCUAUGGAUACGCUGCUUCCCCAAAUCAGGUUCCAAAUAUUUAUGCAACAGCUGCAGCUUCCGAUUAUUCGUGACUGGGUUAGGCUUGUACUCAGAACUUGCUGAAGACAUUGAAAUUAGCCAUGGUCGUGAUUGAAGUUGGGAUGAGAUUUAGCUGCUUCUGUAGCUAUGUCUAUUUGCUUGUAGAAUCUUAAAUUCAAACACCUCUAAGAGUUCUUUUUAGGAUUGUAUCAGUUUUUUAUCUAGAAUUUUGGGCUUGAGCAGUUUUCUUAAUUAGUGGUAAAUUUUAUUUAUUUAAGAACUAAUAUUUAAACUUGAUGAGAUUGAUAGUUUUUUUUUUAAUGCUUGUUGCCUUGUUGGGGCAAUGCAUCUAUAGCUUAACUUG